AUGACUGCUGUAGGGAUCCGUGCUUCCGAUGCCCCAUCAAGCAAAAUUGUCCUCCUGGGUGAGUCCGCGGUUGGAAAGAGUUCCAUAGCACUGCGCUUUGCGCGAAAUGAAUUUCUUCCCGAUCAAGAUUCCACCAUCGGUGCGUGUUAUUUUUCACGACAUAUUGAAGUCCCCUCGCGAGAAACCGGACAGUUGAGAGGAGCACCCGUCACUGCGGCUGCAAAUGCGCCUGAACAAAGUCGUUUUCUUCAUCUUCAAAUGUGGGAUACCGCAGGUCAGGAACGCUAUCGAUCCCUUGCUCCUAUAUACUACCGUGAUUCUUCAGGUGCACUUGUGGUUUAUGAUAUCACUAGCAGUGAAAGCUUUGGAAAGGCUCAAGGAUGGAUCAAGGAACUGCGCGCCCGAGCAAGUCCUAGCCUUCUUAUUUUUUUGAUUGGGAACAAGACGGAUUUGGAGUCGAUGCGGCAGGUGUCUUACGAGGAUGGGCACUCACUUGGGAUUAAAGAAGAAGUCGCCGGUUUCUAUGAGAUCUCUGCGAAGGACAACAGUAAUGUUCAGCAGGUCUUCCAGGAUUUCGCAGUGAAACUACUGGAUAAUGGGUUGACGAAGGGCCAGAGAAACUUGAAUAGUGGUAUCAGCACAUCAAAUAGGGCCAGGAACCUCGGAUUGGAUCAACAGAAUUCCAAACCCAUCGCCUCAACUUGCUGUUUUAAUUGA